AUGGCUGAAGACCCCCGCGCGCUUCUGCAAAAGGCAGACAAGGCGCUAGCAAGCGCCUCGGGCGGCUUCAGCUUCUUUGGCGGCAAGGAGGAAAAGCUGCAGACGGCGGCCGAUUACUACAUACAGGCGGCGAAUGCGUUCAAGAUGCAAAAGUCUGAGAGGGAAGCCGGGCAGACUUUCGAAAAGGCGGCGCAGAUCCAGAACGGCAAGCUGAACGAGCCGGACGACGCGGCCAACACGUACGUGGACGCAUUCAAGGCUUACCGAAAGACGAGCCCGGAAGAUGCGGCCCGGUGUGUCGAGAUGGCGAUCGCACAAUACUGUAGAAAGGGCAACUUCAGGCGGGCGGCGACCUUCAAGGAGAACGUGGGUGAGAUGUUUGAGGUUGAGGUUGGAGACCUCAAGAAAGCCAUGGAGGCGUACGAGGCUGCCGCUGGAUGGUAUGAGGGUGACGGAGCCGCUGUACUGUCAAACAAGCUUUGGCUCAAGGUGGCCGACAUCGCGGCGCUGGACGGCGACUACUACAAGGCGAUUGAGGCGUACGAAAAGGUGUCGCAGGCGUCCAUCAACAACAACCUGAUGAAGUACUCGGUCAAGGACUACUUCCUCAAGGGUGGCCUGUGCCACCUGGCCACCAAGGACAUGGUCUCGGCGCGCAGGGCGCUGGAAAAGUACACCGAGAUGGACCCGACCUUCCCCAGCACGCGCGAAUACAAGCUCCUGGCCGACAUUUGCGAGAGCGUCGAGGGCAACGACAGGGAGAAGUUCGAGGACGACCUGGUCGCGUUCGACCGCAUGACCAAGCUGGACAAGUGGAAGACGACGAUAUUGCUGCGGAUCAAGGAGCAGAUCGAGGAGGCGGAUAAUGAGUUUGCUUGA